AUGAAGAACCAUACCAGGCAGAUAGAGUUUAUCCUUCUGGGACUGACAGAUAAUUCUCAGUUACAGAUUGUAAUUUUCUUCUUUCUACUUCUAAAUUACACGUUGAGCCUAAUAGGAAACUUAACCAUCAUUGCCCUCACUCUACUGGAUUCCCAUCUCAAGACUCCAAUGUAUUUCUUCCUCCGUAAUUUCUCUUUCCUGGAAAUUUCAUUCACAAGUGCUUGCAUUCCCAGAUUCCUAAUCACCAUUGUAACUAGGGAAAAGGCUAUUUCCUAUAAUGGUUGUGCAUCUCAGUUAUUUUUUCACAUAUUCUUGGGGGUUACAGAAUUUUUCCUUCUGGCUGCCAUGUCCUAUGACCGCUAUGCUGCCAUCUGCAAACCUUUGCAUUAUACAUCCAUCAUGAGCAGCAGAGUUUGUCAUCAGCUUGUGCUCAGUUCUUGGGCAACCGGAUUCCUGGUCACUUUCCCUCCACUGAUUUUGGGUCUUAACCUGGAUUUCUGUGCUUCAAAUAUCAUUGAUCAUUUCAUUUGUGACAUUUCUCCUGUCCUCCAACUUUCUUGCUCUGACACACAUUUACUAGAACUGAUUGCUUUUUUCUUAGCAGUGAUGACCCUCAUUGUUACAUUGUUAUUAGUAAUCCUUUCUUACUCUUACAUCAUCGAGACAAUUCUAAAAUUCCCUUCAGCACAGCAAAAGAAAAAAGCCUUUUCCACCUGCUCUUCUCACAUGAUUGUUGUCUCCAUCACUUAUGGUAGUUGUAUAUUCCUCUACGUAAAGCCAUCGGCGAAGGAAAGAGUCACUUUAAGUAAAGGAGUAGCUGUGCUCAAUACUUCGGUUGCCCCUUUGUUGAAUCCGUUCAUUUAUACUCUGAGGAACCAGCAAGUGAAACAAGCCUUCAGACAUGUGUUUAGAAAGAUAUUUUCUGCUUCAGACAAAUAA